AUGGCCAGCUUUCCCGUCAUCGUGGUUACCGGUGCGAAUGCUGGUGUCGGGUUUGGGGUUUGCCAACGACUUCUCUACCAGCUUUGCAGUUCCAAUCCACCCGACUCUUGGCCCCAACCUUGGGCCACCAGGGCCAACGCUCUGGCACUUGAGCCGCCCACGGGAAACGGCCUCGUCCUUAUUCUGGCUUGCCGAAGCGUGAAGCGGGCGGAGGAAGCGAGAGAUGAGCUUUACCAUUCACUCGAUGCCCAUAUAAAAAAACUGCGAAAACAUCCCGAAUAUGACGGCUAUGCCGACGAAUUCAGGCACAACCUGACGAUAGAAGUCGAAUAUCUCGAUUUGGCCAGGCUAGACACUGUUUUCGACUUUUCUUCCCGGGUUUCUCAAAGACAUCCAUAUGUGUCGCAUCUCAUUUGUAACGCCGGAUAUGCGCCAUUCUCUCAUAUAAUCUGGCCGGCCGCGAUCCGCCAACUCUGCACCAACUUUCUCGAGACUGUCACUAAACCCGUAUUCUAUGCUCAAACGUUUGGCGAACUCACCAGCGACGGUCUGGGCCAUACCUUCCAAUGUAACUUCUUCGGGCAUUAUGUUUUGUUCAGGACAUUAGAGCCACUUUUGAAGAAUACUGCCUACUCUGCGGACUCGCGCGUGAUUUGGUGCUCCUCUUUAGAAGCUUCCCCAAAGUUUUACGACCAAGCGGACUGGCAGCACAUCAAGAACCAUCACCCAUACGAGAGCACCAAGUACCAGAUCGACCUGACGGGGACUAUCUUGGAUUUGCAGUCAUUGCAGAAUAAAAUAGUCCUCAAACGCGUUCGACAUUUUGUCUCUCAACCGGGCGUUGCCCAUACCAAGAUUUCCACAAAUCUUGUAGCCUAUGGCGGCUUCAUCGAUGGGUUGAAGCUCGUCCUCUUUUAUCUGGCACGUCUCUUCAAUACGCGUCACCACUCCAUUGCCCCAAUCAAUGCUGCUAUUGCGACAGUCCACCUGUCCCUCGUCGCACUCUCCUUCAUCACGUUCUCGCAACAAAAACCUAAUGAGAAACCUGAGUUCGAGCCUGUUCGCUUUGGUGCAGAGACAACUCGGUUGGGAGAGGCUCAAGUUGGGCUGACGCCUGUGUUGGGCUGGGAGCAAAAUCAAAAACUUGCGGAGUCGCCCGAAUACCCUUCCCCACCGAACUACAUAGCUGCAAGCCACCUCCCCACAACUCUCCAUCCAUAUCUGCAUCCCGGACCCAAUGCUUCCCGUUCAUCGCAAGACAUUUCAACGGUUCCCAUUAACCAGGACUCUUAUUCCCUGCACUCUUUGUCGGCUUCGGUCCACAAUCUCGCUGGAACCGUGACAUUGAACGUUCAGGACGCCACAACUUCACGGCCAGCAAGCUACUUGGCGCCGUCACCUGUUGGGAGCGCACGGUCCAGCCUCGACGUUCAGAUUCAGGUCGAAACAGAGUCGCCCGCACAGUCGCGAAACCCGUCUUUCGUGCAUUUGGAAACGGGCGAUGCGGUGGAGCCCGUUGCGGAGUGGCUGAACCAGGCGUACCCGCGAAUUUUCCCUGGGACACCGGAGAGCUUCAGUCGAUACUCUAGGCGGAGAUAUGUUGGCAACGAAGAAACUAAUUUUAAUAUCCCACCACUAACGGUUGGCGGCAAGGCGAACAAUCCCUCCGAAGAGUGGCAGACUUGCUCGCAUCCCGAAGGCGCUCCGUAUUUCCAUCACUCUAAAAACGUAGGCUCCGACUUAAACGAUGUUCUCCUCCCCCCCAUGCUUUCCCAGCGUGUCUUCACUGAUGCAGACCUCUUUGACCCAGAGGCUCUCGAAUGGAUCAACCGUCAGAUGAAAACUAUCCUCGACUUCCUUCGUGCACGCAAUAUCACGCCCGAAGAGCAUGUGGACCUCGUUCUCGAUGAAUAUUUCUAUUCAGACGACAGUAGAGGCUGUCAAUACUAUUUCGUCAAUCACAGCUCUCGGUGCAUUUUCUGGAUGGAUUCGGUGAAUUCGGAACUGUUUGAAGUGGCGAAGGAAGUCAACGGCAUUAGCUCUGCAUCGCAUAUCCGGCAUAUUCUUGAAGCCCAAUAUUGGUACCACUGCGACUUGUUCCCACUGUCUCUGAACGUGACCCCUGCAAUUGUCGAUGAACUUCGUGAUAUUGUGCUACACUCAAUCGGAGACCUCAUCACCUCUUCUACGUCCACUGUGAGCUGGAAGAUUGAUCAACUAAAUGACAUGAGCCGUUUAGUUGACGGCUUGACCAAAAAUGUUGGGAAAAGUCACGGCAAAAAGUUGAGCGGAACUAGCUGUCUGGUCGGUCGACUAAUGCAGGAGUUCGUGCGUGCGCGUGUCUACAACUUCCAUGGCGAACCUGGCGCGAGGUUGAAUGUGGACCAAUCUGUCUAUGACGUCGCCCGACGACGGACGCUCCUCAUCAAACUUCUCAGCCCGCUUCUAUUCUAUGCACCCGACUUCCACCUCGACGGUCUGCAUACCAUCUUUACUGAUGGGCUCGUGCGCCAUCGUGGAUGGUCUGAAUUUGUGAGCCGCUUAACGGGUGAAUGGCAGGAAUUCACGCUUUAUGCAACCGUGGUUUUGAAUGCGAAUGUUGCAUUUUUGUCCAUCCAGAGUGUUGAUACAGAUGGGCAGUCAACGCCCCAUAGGACGCCCACCCAAAUUGCGAGCUACAUGUCCAUGCUGACCAGCAUUGGCGCCAUCAUCGUUGGGUUGCUUUUGCUCAAGCAGAACCGCAAUCGGGAUCGCGUACCGGCACCCGAAGCAGCCUCUUAUAUGUCCAAUCGAACGCAUCCUACGCUUGGGCUCGAGACACUGGCCAUUCUUUAUUCUUUACCUUAUGCAAUGCUCAUCUGGUCGAUGGUUUCAUUCCUCGCGGCCUUCUCCUUCCUAUGCUUCCUGCAUGCUGAUCUGAAGACACGAGCCCUUUCAGCGGUCAUAUGGGGCGCAGUUGCUGCUCUAAUUCUUUGGUGUGCUGUAAACGGCUGGGAGAAAGGCAUGGGUGACUGGGAGUGGCCAUUUCUCUCUCGACUAUUUGGCACGAAAGACGAGGAACCUGAAGCGGAGGAAGAUGAUGACGACGAAAAGAGCACUGAUGAAGUAAAGAAGGAGACCGCAUCCGUCGCGUCUCGAUCUAAGUCAAGAACAUGGCGAUGGCGAUGGCCAUCUAUUUCAAUACCGGGUCGGAAAAGCUCUCUCGAUUCAGACGAGACUGCGGUAUGA